AGCAACUUUUCAGCACUGCAUGCAACGUGUUGACCUAGAUAGGAGCCAAGAGAAGCUGCGAGGAGCCCUCACAGAAGACCCAGCUUAAAGCCUGGGGGGUUUACAAACAGGGUUCCGGGUAGCUAUUCUAGAGCCAAAAUAGAUCCCUUCAAAAGACAAGGGGGAGCAGGGCAAGGGGCUAUGAUGUGGCCAAAUUUUUUCCUCCAGGACGAGGAGCAGCGCAUGGGGGGGCGCACGCGGGCAGGGGUCAAGCGGCGCAAGGUCCUGACGGAUGAGCAAGAGGGCAAGAUCAAGCUGGCCUUCUUCGUGGCCAUCGUGGGGAUGACCCUGACAGUGCUGGCCGUGGGCACAGAAUUCUGGGUGGAGCUCAACACCUACAAGCAGAACCAAUCCCUCGUCUGCGAGGCGGCCCACUAUGGCUUGUGGAAGUUUUGCCACAAGAAACUCUGGAUGGAUGUUGUGGAGGAGGAGAGGGCUACCUGUGGACCCGCAGAGCUGCCUGGAGGUAAUGGUUUACCUGAGCAUGUUCCCGUUUUCUUUUCCCUUACUUCCCACCCCACCCCACCCACACUUUCAUAAACAAACACAGACACACACCCUGUUCCUGAAGCUGCCCCCUCCCUUUGAUCAGCUUCCUCCACUUCCCAACAUUGUUGUGUCUCACCCCCACCCCCACCACCUUCUCUGCUAUGCAUCCAGGGAAUGUGGACUGGUGUUUCCAUGUGAUACAGCACGUUCAAUGCAUUACAUGCAGGAUCAUAAGGGAUGGGAUGUGGGGACUAACAAGGGAAGAUGGUGGCUAGAUCUGGACUGCUGGCAGCCCCUGGUGAAGUGUGAGGCCCUCCUCCCCAGUUUAGUAAAGCCCUCCAUUAUCCAUUCAUCAAUUAUCUCUUUGCAUAUGCCGCCCCUACCCAACACAUUGUUCUCAUCUAUUUACCAAAAAGCAGUCCAGUGUGUUUGUCUUUCUCCCUUUCCUUUUUUGCUCCACCCCAACCACAUCCAUCAGGCCUUCAUGUGACCCGCGGCUCACAACCUCAGCCUUGGCAUCUGUUUGCAAUUUCAGGCUUAGCCCAAGCACUUGCAAUGCAGAAUGCUGAUGCGCUGAUUACCUCCUGCUAAUGAAGGAUAAUCUCCUUGCCUCUGCUAGCAUCUUUCUUCCAUCUCCCAUUCUACAGGGACAGGCUCUACCUGAACACAGUAUAGGUUGAAACGGGGGAGUUAUGGUUGAAAGUAUCAUCUUCUGUUUGACGUAAGGAUGACAGUUCACAGAAUCAGGAGCCUCCACAGAGAACCCAAAGCCAUGUUUUCCAUAUUAACUGUAACUAUUUUUUCACUGCAUGUGUAAACUGGAAAGAAAAAAAAGAGUGCCUCUGAGACUAUGCAGAGAGUCUGCCAGCUAACACUUAAUCAAGACAACCAACCCCCAUGUAUUGGAUGUUAGAUUAGCAGAGCUUCUAGGGAAAGAUAUGGCCAGGGCACUGGGGUGGGUAAGAGGGAUCGCCCCUUUCAGAGAUAUUUAAGACCUCCUUUCUGAAUAUUAAUGCACUUUUGAAAAAUGGAACAGCCAAAGCAAACAUGAUGUUAUUCACACAAUUAGUAAUUGUGCAAAUGCUGCUUGCAAUUAGACAUAGCAAACCACUGAUAUAAUAAUAAUAAUAAUAAUUUAUUAUUUAUACCCCGCCCAUCUGGCUGUGUUUCCCCAGCCACUCUGGGCGACUUCCAACAGAAUAUUAAAAUACAAUAGUGUGUCUAUUUGGCCCCAUCACGGUCCCAAACCAGACUGGGACCCCCCCCCACAGCUAUUAACUAAUAAAAAAAGUUGGUUAAUAGCAUCGGGUCUGCUGUUGCCUUAAGACUUUCAUUAUUUUACUUAUCAAGAUAUAAGCAAAAGCAAUGUAAGUAGUUUUCUACUCAGUCAUUCAUUACAAAAUCAUGCAAUUAAGUAACUGCAAUAUUGAACUCCCUGUAUUUAUGUUCUGGCUGUUCUGCAAUUAUUCUGCUCCUGCCCAGGCCCCAUCAUCACAAAAUCUCUGCCUCCAAGUCUGUGUGGCUUUCAGGCAGACUCAAAAUGUGGCAUUUCCCAUUAUAGGCAUUGAGAAAUGCAUUAACCCAGCCAUCUAUUUGUGGGCCAAUUUGCACGAUGGUUUUCACUUCACGACAGCAGGGCGUGGGUUCCAUGUGCGCCACAUGAUGCCCUGACUAGCUAAUCUGUCCAUCCGUCUCCCCUCUGUGAUUUCUGUCUGUUUAUUCUUUGUGUGUUUUCAGAAUUGUUUUAUUAGCAGCUUUGUGUGUCUGAGGUGGUGUUUUGCGUUUUGUUAUUAUUCUGCUGUUAGUAGGUCAGAUUGCGGUAUGGCACAGUUCUCACUGAAAUCACUGGGAGUGCCUUAAACUUGAAAAACUUUUUUUUCAACACUCCCCCCCCCCCACUUGUAUCUUAAGUUAUGGAUAGAAGGAGUGGCUUCUUGGGCCAUAAAUUGUUAUCAGCUGUUUUUAUCCCUGAACCUCUAUUUUGCAACAAUAGGAAAGAGAAGGGCUUUGUUUCGGAGAAGCAGUGAGGAACUGCUUUUUAAAUCUUUUAAUCUCCCUCCUUUGGGAGGAAGGGUAGGAUAUAAAUUGAAAUAAUAAUGAAUGAAUAAACAACAACAGCUUCAUUUGUAUUGUCGCAUCCCGUGAAGCACUGCAGAGUACUUUUAGCUUUAACAUGUCUGCCUGCCCACACACCAACUGACUCUUGCCAGCGGCAGAGGAAGCCGCUCGGGUGCCUGGACCCUGCGGCGGUGCGCCCAAGGACAGUGCGUGCCGCCCAUAGGGGCGGGGUGAGGGCAGGGUGCACUGCAGGGCCUCCAGAGUCUGCCUGCCUCCUCCCACUCAACUGCCCCACAGCUGGGGGGGGAGGCAGCAGGCAGACCGUUUGGGCUGCGAGGAACCUGCACGCACCCAAGCCACCGCGUCUCUCCCAGGAGACUGCCUGUCAUUUUGUGAGUGCUGCCUGGCAUUUUCUCCCCCCCCCCCAGUGGUGACACCCGGGGUGGCCAGCACCCACCGCACCCUCCUUCCUCCGCCCCUGACUCUUGCACAGGCAUUUGCCUGACUCCUCUCUCCAUGAGAGAGAGAAAAUGCUGUCUACUAAUCAGCAACUUCCCACUGUAAUCACUGGGUUGUGGCAAGAAAUUUGAUAUUAAUUUUAUUAGUAUAGCACACUCUGCCCACCAAAUGGCAAUCCCAUUUGUAAGAUAAAGCGACACAGCAAUGCCUCAGCUGAGAAGAGCCACCCAGUACAGAUUGCCCCUUAGUUUUCUCCUGCAACAACCUCUGCAGGUGUGCAACUUAAUCCUAACAAACAUUUUCUUAUUAUUGUUAACUCUGAAUUGGGCCUCUGUCUCACGCCUUCCUAGACUAUGCAUUGGAUGAUGAGGUCUAGUUUGGAUGGGAAAUCAGUAUGCAGAAUUAUAAUCUGCGCAAGUCUAUUUUCUGAUUCUAUUUUUUGUUUCCCCUGGCUUAAGGUUUGGAAGCAGAGAUCUUUCAAAUAGUUCUUUUUCUCACUUGGCUGCUUUUAGACAGCUACGAAUGGGUCAUUUGCAGAACUUCUAAAUGUGGCUUUGCACUGGAACCUGUGAUCUCAACCUGGAGUUUAGAGACUUUGCAUACACAGAAAUACACGUAGAGGAUUCCUCACGUACAGAAAAACCCAUACAGCUGAUCUCCCUUGCCCCAAAUAGGCUACCUAUAUAAUUCUAAGCUGCAAGCGUCUUGCGUUUCACUUCUCAACUUGUUUGCUCAUUGCUACUGUUCAUUUGCACAUCUUUCAAUGUAAAUCCAUUGCUUGGCUUUGAGGUUGAGUAAAAUAAGGGACAGGUGACAGAAGACUGGUUGGGGUAGAGGCAGAGAAGACUGCGAGCAGAAAACCCAUAAGUUUGAAGAAAAGUUAUUUUGGGGUUUCAAAGAGGCAGGUUACAUAUUACAGUGGUACCUCAGGUUACAUACGCUUCAGGUUACAGACUCUGCUAACCCAGAAAUAGUGCUUCAAGUUAAGAACUUUGCUUCAGGAUGAGAACAGAAAUCGGGCUCCGGCGGCGUGGUGGCAGCAGGAGGCCCCAUUAGCUAAAGUGGUGCUUCAGGUUAAGAACAGUUUCAGGUUAAGUACGGACCUCCAGAACGAAUUAAGUACUUAACCUAAGGUACCACUGUACACCCAAAGAUCCCUGAAUGAUCUCCCAUUGGUGAUGUUAAACAAAAUACACCUGUAAGGAAGGAACACAGGAAGCUGCCUUAUACCAAGUCAGAGCAUUGAUCUAUCUUGCUCAGCAUUGUCCACACUCUUACAGGGAAGUGGCUCUCCACAGUUUCAGGCAGGGGUCUUCCCCAGCCCCACAUGGGGAUGCCAGGGAAUGAGAUUGGGACCUUCUUCAUACAAAGGAGAGGCUCUGCCACCAAUAUGAUUCAGGAAGAAACACCGAGGUUGAGGUUACUUAACCCUUUCCCCGCACCCCUAGCCCAUGCUACUUUUCUGAUCUAAACUGCUAUACUGAAAUAUACUCGGUGUCGAGAGUGGAUUUCAUGCUCUUUAUUCAGCUCAUAGUGGUGAGGAGGAAUGGAAGUUCCCCCAGAAUGGGAUUCACCUGUAGGUUGCAGAUUCACUUCCACCUGGAGCUGGAUUGGGUGGCUCCUGUGGACCAAUCAGACUGCUGCAUUCUGGACCCAAUUGUUCUAGGACCAAUCAGACUACUGCAUACUGAAUCCUAUUGUUCUAGGACCAAUCAGACUGCUGCCUUUUGGAUCCUAUUCAACUCAGUACAUAACAUAUACCACACAUUUGCUGAGCUGAAAAUGGCCCUCAUGAGAAAUUUCCCAGCAAUGUGAAACAGCUAAAUUAGGUUUCAACCUGAGAACAAGGCAGUGGUGGGCUUGGGGCUUAAAAUUUCAGCAGCGCCCUGUUACAGCCUGAAGAGGAAUGGGUGCGAAACCACAGUCAGUCUAAGGGAGAACCACUGUGGGAACUCCUUUCUUCUUAGUCCUUAAAGGGAGGGGGCACUUUCCCCUAAUUAUAAUUGAUUUUUGUAGCUAUUUUUUGUGAAUCAGUGCACUUUCCCCUAAUGUGUGCAUUUUUGUACACAUUUUUUGUGUGUGCAAAAUUCAGAGAAGUGCAAAUUUCAAAGAAUCCCCCUGUUACAGUUUGUGUGUUCUCCAAAUUAUGUAGUUUCUCAUUAAAUAGCAAAACAAAAUCAAGUUUCUCUCCCAUUCCUAAUGUUCGCAUAUAUGCACUUGUGCACAGUGCUGGCACAGGACACUUUGAUGCCUGAAGCAGGGCCCAAAUAACGGGUCCCCACUUCCUAGUAGGGUCAAUACUUUGAAAGGUUUUGUUUGCUUCACCCUCCUUCAUGACAGAGCCGACCCUAUGUCCACACACUGGGGACAGAAAGCGAGGCAGAGAGAUUUCACCUUAUUUGGCCUUCACUCCCAUCAUCCAAGACAGCCAUUUUAAAGAGAUUCAGAUCCACACUGAAGGAUGGAGGAUGAAUUCAGUUCAUUUCACAUUUAAAGGCAGAUAUACCUAAUUUGCACUGCCCAAAACAAUAUGUGAACACAACCAUCCUUCAGAAGUCUCAUUUCUCCAAAUUGCAAAUGGCACUCCAGCCAAAUAAUGUGCGUAAAAGAGCACAGAUAAGUGUGUAUAAAUGUGCAUAUUCAUGAGAAUAACAUAAAAAAGUACAUUGUAUUUGCAAAAUAUGCAAAUUAGGAAAAAUGCAUAUACAAAUGUGUGUAUUAGGAGUAAUGCACACUGGAAAAGCUGACAUAUUUUCAUGAGGACUUUAAAAAAAAUUGCAAACUGACACAGUAACGUGAACUGAACUUCAGAUAUGAACAAUCAAAAACUGAGCAAAACUGAAAUUGACAGAUUUGCUCAUCAUAACCCAUAUCUAACCCCCGUUUCUUAGAUUUCCCGGAAACUGCCGCAAUCAUUAAACACAAAAGGAGAAUUCCGGCCUUUCAACUGCUGCAUUAGAGAGAAUUUCAAAUGGUCCAGGUUGUCAUGCAGGGAUGCAAAAUUCUGAUCUUCCUGAAAUUUCCUGUCCUACACAACUUUAAAAGGUUUUAAGAGUAUUAUUAUCCUUUGCUUCUGCAUUGACACAUCAGAUGGGUUUUCUGAAACACCUUGCCACUAGCCACUGUCUGGAGUUGUUUCUGAAUUUCGCCUAAAUCCAAAUCUCAGGAAAUUCAGAGUAACCUGUUCAGGGGAAACAUCUAUAGAGAUUUCUUGGGGGACACACACACACGACCAGCCCAUUUUCUUGGAAUGAUUCAUGUAUCUCUUCUCUAUGUUGAAGACAAGGUGUUAGUCUGUAGCCCCAGAAAGCAUUACUCUAUCGACUUGAGAUAUGCUAAUAUCAGCUAUUUAUUACAUUUACAUCCCACCCUUCCUCCAAGGAGUUUGGGGGGUAACACACAUGGUGCCCCCUUUUACCCCCACCACAUCCCUGUCAGGCAUACUGGGCCAAGAGAUGGUGACUCUCCUAAUAGAGUACAGAUUUGUAUCUGCGUCUACCCUAGUCCUGGUUUGCUUUUCCUUGCCAGGUUUUUAACAAUGCUGAAAGACUCCUUGUUCAAGUGUAGGUUAUUUGAUGGUGUUUCAAUCAGUCUCUUUCUUUCUUUCUUUCUUUCUUUCUUUCUUUCUUUCUUAUUUUGUUUAGACCAUUUCUAUACUGCUUAAUAUGUAUAAGAAAUAUCCAAAGGCAGUGUACAGAAAACAAAAACAACAGUUAUGCAACUGCUCUUUAUAGCAUUUGCUCUCUAACGCAGAGGUGGGCAGCUGAGGUCCUGGGGAGCAGAUACAGGCCAUAAGACCAUUUUAUUUGGCCCUUGGCAGUCCUAACCAAUUUUCAUCAGAAUGUAGUAAAAAGUUUGUUCCCCAUCUUUUUGCUCAUAAGGGAAAAGCAAGAAAAAUGUUACAAAGCUAUACACAAAGGAGAUACCCCUCGCUUUAAUUAUCCUCUCUUGGAUUUUUUUAUGUCAGAUUUAUGAAAUUUGAGCUGUGCCUGAGUCCAUGUGCUCUGUAACUUAUGAAACCCUUACUGCUAGAUAGUCCCAACUUUACUAUGGGUGAUGUGUCAGCUCAUAUACAGAAAAUAUAGUUCUGGUCUCCAGACUUCCUACUAGAGAACAUAUUUGCCCCUGAGAAAAAGGCAAGGUGCCUGUUCAUGGUUUAAUCCCCUUUUCCGCCUGAGAACUUAAACUUUCAAUUUUUUAUAUAUUAAAUUUAGAGUCUGUAAAACAAGCAGGUUCACUUUUUUAAAAAAAAUGCCCCUCUGUCCCUUCUAUAUUAGUUAAUUCCUGCUACCAACUACAUAUUCUGGGGGGAAGGGGAGGGAGGCGAGGAAUCAAUAAUUAAUGGAUGCACAUCAAUCAUGAUUAUGCAUAUCAUUCCACAGUGAGAGCCACUGAAUAGCUAAAGCCAAAAAGAGCAUUUGUGUCUUUUAGACUUACUUAUACGUGAUGUGUGCUAUUGAAUUUGCAUAAUAUAUUCCUUUUCUAGCAUUUGGGGUGUGUCUCACCGAGUGAGUUGGGAGGAGAAGAUAAAGCACAGUAUUUCUCUACAAAUGCCUGAAUUUUCUAUUGCACAAUGUCUGCUUCUUUAAAUGCAAAGAUCCUCUGCUGCAUGGAAUCUUGUUUACAGAGUAUCAGGUGUUUUGAUGUAGGCAGAGAUUUGGUGGCGAUGAAGUCGCCUCUGGCAGUAAUCGACUAGAGCUGCGCUAGCAUCACAGAAGGACAAAGCAUGUCUCUGAAUGUCAUUGGCUAACACAGUCUGGGCCUUGAGCGGGGAACGGCAGGAAGCAGUAUGUAAGGAAGAAAGGAUGGAAGUUGCAGAGGGCUUAGGGGCCUGACAAAACAAAAACCUAGGGAAGCAGAAGAUGUAACUGGGCCAGAGGGUAUGGUCCAGAAGGAAGAAGGAGAAAGAAAGCUUGGAAAGAGAAGGGACAGAGGAGUGAAAUGUCAUGGUGAGGAGGCAGAGGUGAAGAAAGCUGAAGUUUGCCUAUUAGUGUCUUAAAAUGAUGGGUCAAACUAAUACUUAUUUAUACUUUUACUAGGGACAGCCACCCCUGCUCACUCUACUCCCCUACUCCACCUACUUGCCCACCCCUUUGUCAACCCUGCUUCCUUCACAGCUGCCAAUCCACCCUCCCUUUAACCCUCACCCCCCUCACCUAUUCCCUCCCCACAGCUUGCCACAAGCCCCUCCCUUCAGCCUCAGAGCUCAUCCCCAGUCCUUCCCCUCACAGCUCACUACCACUCCUACCCCCUUUUAAAGGAGAGGGAAAGCACUUCAGAGCAGUUUCCUGAAGUGCCUCUCCCCACUCUGUUACAGCCCCACUGCAGCUGCAUUUAAAAGAGGGGGAAAGAAGCACUUCACUGAACGGUUUGUGAAGCACCCCCCCAACUCCCGUUGUUAAGCAUGGCUGCAGUGGCAUUGAAUGAAAGGAGGGAGGAACUUUACAGAGCAGUUUGCAAGCACAUUAAACUGCUCAUCUGGGUCAUUUACCACCCUGUCGUCUUGCUGGGGUUGGCAUGUCCACCUUGGCACCCAUGGAAUCUGCAGCAAGAUGACAGCCUCACAUUUUUAUGUAUACAGUGGUACCUCGGGUUACAUACGCUUCAGGUUACAGACUCCGCUAACCCAGAAAUAGUACCUUGGGUUAAGAACUUUGCUUCAGGAUGAGAACAGAAAUUGUGCUCCGGCGGUGUGGUGGCAGCAGGAGGCCCCAUUAGCUAAAGUGGUGCUUCAGGUCAAGAACAGUUUCAGGUUAAGAACGGACCUCCGGAACAAAUUAAGUACUUAACCCAAGGUACCACUGUACAGGAAGAUAUUUAUAUCCCACCUUUUCCUUCUAGGAGCUCAAGGUGGCAUACAUGCCUUUUUUCUCUCCCAUAUUAUUCUUACAGUAACCUUGAAAGUUAGGUUAGGCUGAGAGACAGUGACUGGCCCAAAGUCACCCACCCAGUGAGCUUUCUGGCCAAAUGGGGACUUGAAACCUCUCCCAGGUCCUAAGUUCAACACUCUAACCACUACACCGCUCUGGCAGGCCUCCAGCCAUCUUCUAAUGCAGACACUGUGGAGUGAUUCAUGGCUACCUUUUGCCUAGAAGCAAGGGGCCAUUUUGGCUGAGCAAGUACAGUCAAACCUUGGUUGUCGAACGUAAUCCAUUCUGGAAGUCCAUUCAGCUUUCGAAAUGUUCAACAACUGAGGCGCAGCUUCUAAUUGGCUGUAGGAGCUUCUUGCACUCAAGUCAGACGUUCAGCUUCCGAAAAAUGUCCAAAAACCGGAACACUUACUUCUGGGAUUUUGGCGUUUGGGAGCCAAAAUGUUCCAAAACGGAGGUGUUUGGGAACCAAGGUUUGACUAUAAUUCAGUUCAAGCAUGUCUUCUGUUUUGUUAUUGUCAGUCGGCUAUGUUGGGAUUGGCCCAAAGCUGGAAUAGCAACAAUCCAACUUGCAACAUGCCAUGUUGUUUCAGGAAAGUGGGUAGGGGACGUGCCAGAAGGCAGGACAAGCCAGAGUGUGAUAUAAAAACAACUGGCAAGGGAGACCGUCAGAAACAACAGGCACCCAAGCAUGGUGAGGCCAAAAGCCAAGUUAAUGCAGGCCCUGUUGUAUGGAGUCAAGAGGGGAAGGAAUCGGAAAGUACCAGGCUAGGGCCAAGUAGGAAUAGUGAAAGGCCAGACAAAUUGUGAUUUCAUCCAAGGAUGGGCAAAGGGCAGGUCUGGAUCAACUUGUAGAUAAAAAUGUGCACAUUAGUGAAAGUAACCUACAGAGAUGCAAAAAAUAUAUACACUAGUCAAAAGUGCAUGCUUAAUGUAUUCACUGGGAGAUAUUUGCCCUAAAGUGCUGAUGAAUUUUUAUGAGGAUUCUUUUUAUAAAAUGGCAAAUUGCAGAAAUGUGGAGAACUGAAUUUAAGUUUAGGAAAAUGAGAAACAGAGAACUGAAAUAGGCACCUUGGACCAUCUCUACUCCCUCCUCUAGAUUAUACUGCAGAAAUUAAGCAAGCGGGGGGUGGGGGAGUUGUAGAGUAACCAGGAGUGGGUCUCUGAGCCCCUUUCAGUUCUGGUGCUCAAGAAACAAUAUUGGGCUCAGAAUAAUUUAAUUCUAAUUGUCUUUUGCAUUGGGGUGCAGCUGGUAGAUAUGGGGGUUCUAGUAAAAAGCAAAGUAGAUCCCAGAAGCCUAAAGGUAAACGGACCCCUGACCAUUAGGUCCAGUCAAGACCAACUCUGGGGUUGUGGCACUCAUCUCGCUUUAUUGGCCGAGGGAGCUGGCGUACAGCUUCCGGAUCAUGUGGCCAGCAUGACUAAGAACCAGAACCAGAGCAGCGCAUGGAAAUGCCGUUUACCUUCCCGCCGGAGCGGUACCUAUUUAUCUACUUACACUUUGACGUGCUUUCAAACUGCUAGGUUGCCAGGAGCAGGGACCGAGCAACAGGAGCUCACCCCGUCGCGGGGAUUCGAACCGCCGACCUUCUGAUCGGCAAGUCCUAGGCUCUGUGGUUUAACCCACAGCGCCCCCAGAAGCCUAAAGACUGCCAAAUGCUGGUUCCGUGUCAGGAUCGAGGGUUAGCAAAAACUAGUUAAUAACUAGUCAUUCUGAGGUCCAGGGCUGCAUCUCAGCUCUACACCUAACCCUGCCAUUUCCUGGGAGCUGAUACUAGAGGAAAAUAAAACCAUUUGUAGAUCUUUAACAGUGCUGCUGCUAAAAGUUCCAAUUUCUCACAGCUGAGGUGAACUGGUCCUCUUUGAAAUAAAUGAACAAAUGGGAAGGUAGGGAAACUCACAUCUUGAUAAAAGUGCUGAAAUGGCUACCGUGGGCAUAAAAACAUGACGGUACUCCUUUCUGUUGUGUGCUGUGACAAAAAAAAAAGCCCUAUAUAAGUUUUAAAUUCUCCUGCAGCUGGUGCCCAGCGCUGCAUCACUUCAACUUUCUCAUCACCCAUCAGAAGCAUUCUGUUGAUGAAUGAGCUUCCUUGCAUGACACCACAGGCAAAAGAUCACUGAAAAGUUCCUCUCUCUCAAGCCCCGAGCAAGCCAAUAUAUAACUAUUCAUCUCCAAUCUUGAGCACAUGCCAAAAAUUAAGAUUGUUUGAGAACCAAACUGCACAUCACCUUUGCUGAUUCUUUAUGAAUGAAAUGCAGCUGUGGGAGCUCGUCAGCUUGAUCGGAGCAGCUGCAUGCACCACUUUCCAAAUCAAAGUCAACCCCUCAAGCCUUGCGUGUGUCUUACAAUGUACAUGUGUGAAUGGACCUUCAGCACCGCUGGCUGAAAUUUCAUACCACCUCAUGCUUCUGAGGUUGCCAACUUUUUACAGCAGCUUUGUGGUUCAGGAUUUGUUGUGCAGGUGACCACGUUUAUCCCUGUGCGUGCAAAGUUUCACCUGAUGGUUUUUGCAUGUGAAACUGUUGUUAGAGGCACAUGAGCCAACCAGGUUGGCUGCUGAAGUGUGUUAAGUAAUUACCUGAUGAAAAAUUAAGACGCAUGUGUGAACUGGCAGACAAUGGCUCAGUAGAGAAGCAAUCUUGGCAAACGACCCAUUGCCCUGGGCUAAAGUUUGCCUGCUAUCAAUAGUUAUGUCCUCUCAAAACUCACGUCAGCAGACUUACCAAGGCCAAAGUUAGAAACAACGUAUUUGCCAGGACCAAAUACUUGCUUGGUGUGCUCCUUUGACAGGGUUUUCCUAGCCAACCUACAUUUUUCUGAAGGCUUGCCCUUUUCACUCACAACCCCAAACCUUUCUGCUUCAUUUCAUCAUAGCAGAGAUGCUCUUAAAUCACUUCCUGGCUAAAUGAUUGUGAGCUCCAGGUGCAAACCUAUCACAAAAAUGGGCUAAAAGAAUCCUUUGAUGGAUUAAUCCUUAUCAUUAUGGUCCUCUUCCCCCAACAGCAACUACUCCAUCCACAAUCAUUUUGCAGACAAAUUGGAGAGCUUAGAAUGCCAGACAAAUGGGAGGCAGGCAGAGAGACGGAAGGAGCAGGAUAGUUAGCUUGGAGAAAAGAAGAUUAAACGAAGGCUUGAUAACUGGUUUCAGAUGCUUAAGAGGCAGAUGGAACCCAUGAAGGAAAACAGAGGGAAUGAACACCCCUUCACUUCUGAACUGUGAAAAAAAGUAUUGUGCUUUUGAAUUAGGUGGGCUGGGUCAGUUUGGCUUUACACAUCACAAGAACAAUGCCUAAAAUAAGCCAGGUUGUGGCAACUACUUCAAGAAACAGGUUCAGAACAUAAUUAAAGGGCAUUGAUUUAUUUCAUUUAUUAGAUUUUAAAAGGUGGUGUUAUUAGUAUCAUCAACAAAAUACUCAUUGUUCAUGAUGUUUUGCAAAGCGUAAGAAAUCAAGUCUCUGCCCCAAGGAAUUUACAAUCUAUCACACUUUGUUUCAUGAUAUGUAAUGAUUUGGAGGGAAAGGGUUUAAAACACUUGGCUGUUCUUAAAUAAAAAGGCAACUUGAUGAAGAGGGGAUAGGAUUCUUGGUCGUGGCAACGGCAACACAUGGAUUUAUCUGUACCACUAAUUUAUUUUAAAUAACAUUUACUUAUCUUAUGCUUACACAUUCCAUUAAAAACAGUGUUACGGAACAGUAAAGAAGACAGAGCAGUUAUUAAAAACAGUAAAAUAGCAGAAAAUGACAAAAUACUAAGCAGCAAAAAAAUGGCAAAAAAAGUUCAAAUCAAUAAGCAGCAUUAAGCAACUAAUACAAGCUGUGCAACCACUUCAGAUGAAUCUCAAACCAAAGUGAGUCAAACCAAAGUGAGUCAAGACAGCUCCAGAUUGGUCAGAAGUGAGUUUGAUUGAUACAAAGUGCUUUGGACCAAUCCAGAGCACAAAACACUCUCUAAGAAAGCCAGACAGCCUGUCUCCAAAGUGUUUCAAAACAACACCAAAUAAGAAGAAUGCAAGGGUGGGGAAAGGGGAAGCAGGAGAGCCAACACUUUUCCCAUCAGUGUUUAUGGGGAGGGGUAGAGAAGUGUUAACAACUGCUCUCACUGCUUUUCACUCAUUGGUAAGCUCUCUGAACACUAGAAAGUAUUUGAUAGCUUUUGCUGCACUUGUAUUUUGCUUAUUCUUCAGUUUCCUACUCAGUCUUUCUUUCUUGUGUGUAUAUAUACCUGUUUGUUUUCCAACCUUUCCUAAUCAAUCCCUCUCCCAUCCUCAGUCAUUUGUUCAGUUUAUAUUUUGUUAAUCCUUCAGUUCAUACCAGUACCCAACCUUUCUUGUUUAACUGUUGGUUAUGAGUCCUUUCCCAAUCAUUCCCAGUUCCAUCCUUACUCUUAAAAAUAAAAACAGUUUGUUGUCUUAGUCUUACUAUUGACUCGGGCUGUGUCACUUCCCGUAUCCCUAUCGCCUACAAUUUUGGUGCAAGUUUUUUUUUAGCUUAGGUAUUCGUUUUAUUUGCAGCCAUGUUCUGUUUUCUGUGCCUGCCUUUCUUAGUACUUUGGCUUGAGCGUGUGUGCCAGAAAGUCUUAUAAGUACACUGUACACAGUCAGUGCACAAGCACACAGUGAGUGUAUAAACAUUGAAGUUUUAGCACUAGCAUGAGACACCUACAAAGCAACCAUGGUGCCACCGCCAGAGGCAGAGAUGGCAGAGCUGCCAGCCAGUACCAGAGGCAGAGAUGACAAGCAGUGCUGGCAGUAGCAGCAACAGCACUGGCCAAAUUGGUCCUUUUCCCAGUUAAGCUAGUCUGUCCUAGUGGAGUCUGUGGUGGUGGGCAGCAGCAGCAGCCCAUGCAGAUUCUUCCUUGUCCUGAGUCUGUUGGUAGUGGGAACAAACCUACUCCAAUUGCCAAGAGAUGAUUUGAGGAGGAAGUAGGCACUGGCAGUAGCAGCACUGUAGGGGCAUCAAAAUGAAAAAGACAUAAUUUAAAGGUGGCUAGCACACACACAAAAAACUCCUGGAUCCAGGCACCUGCAAUUUGGUACAGAUAAUCACCCCUGGAAGGCCUACCAUGUCUCUAAGUUGCAUGCACUUAUGUGAAACAACAAGAAGGUUUUGGCCAUUUUACCUUUAAAGUACUUGCAGUAUUUUAAUUUUUUGGGGGGGAGGGAAUCAUCUUUAACAUGGCUAGCACAAAAAACCUGGAUUUACCUGUCUGAAAUUUGGUAUGGUUAAUCCCCUCUGUGGAACGCCCUCCCACCAGAUGUCAAGGAAAUAAACAACUAUCUGACUUUUAAGAAGACGUCUGAAGGCAGCCCUGUUUAGGGAAAUUUUUAAUGUUUGAUGUUUUGUUGUGUUUUUAAUAUCUGUUGGAAGCCACCCAGAGUGGCUGGGGAGGCCCAGCCAGAUGGGCGGGGUAUAAGUAAUAAAUUAUUAUUAUUAUUAUUAUUAUUAUUAUUAUUAUUAGGCUACCAUGUCACCAACUUUCAUGCAAACAAACAAAAAAAUAUGGCUGUGUUUGUUUCCCAAUACAAGUUAAUGGGAGAUCUGAAGGUUCAUAUUUCUGAAUUCAGAUUUGGGGUUCGAAUCACAUCAGAUAUGCAUUGAUCUGAACUGAAUUGGGCCCCAAACCAAAGGGCGGGGAGGCUUGCACAUCCAACCACCAACCAUUUAUUUAUAAGUCAAGCUUCCUAAUUUGGCAGAGACUUCUAAACUCUUUCAACGGAACACACAUAGAUACCUGCUGAAAGGAGCACAUGCACGCAGGGUUAUUGGGCGUGAGGCUUGCAUGCCCCGCUGCACAGUUUUAACCCUUGCCUGUUUAGGCAAAUGCCUGAAGACGACUACAGUGUAUGAAUGCAAAGAUGCCCAAUGUUGGGGCUUUCCCUGAAAAUGACACACAGAUUAUAAUCCUGUCCUUCCGAUAUGAAAAUGAGCCAUCACCCUACAGCUCAAAAAAUAGUCCAGUGAUACAGUUUCAGUACAGAGCUCCAGAGACUGAAGACCAAGGCUGAAAAGGGGGGGAGGGCGCAGGGAAGGUUUAAAGCAGGCAUGUCCAAAGCCCGUUUCGGAGGCCUAAUCCGGCCCAGUCGAUCUAAUCCGGUCCCUGUGGCAGUAUAUGUCCCUGGGGUAAAAUUCUAAAAAAUAAAAGCUCAACAAUGUUGGUCGCCCUCAUGCAUGUUCACUUCAAAUCUCUGGCCCUCUUUGAAAAAAGUUUGGGCACCCCUGGUUUAAAGAAAACCUUGGAAAUGAAAGAGUGCCAGUUAUAUCUGGACACAUUCCCAGUUUAGAAACGAGGCACCAGUUUUUCACAGCAGGAGGGUAAUGACUUAGCCAGGCGGCCAUGGCAGGGAAACGGACUCUCUCCAUCAAACGGAAACUAGACGCCUGUAUAAAAGAGACAGAAGAUGGAAGGGCUUGAUUUGGAUGUCCCUCUUGGCUUUAAUCACAGCUUUUCUCAUACACUUUGGUUCUGCAUCCAGUUGUCUGCACAAGCUUAGCACAAUGAUAUAGACAGGCCAGACAACUGCCUAGGAGGACAUAAAUCAAAGGCACCACCUGGUGCAGGCUGUACUCCGUUCCCAGUUUGUGGGAGAGAGCUCCUGCCCACCCCAACCCCGGAAACAAAAAAUCUUGAGCCUUUAUUAUGCUCAGGAGAGAGAGGGAAAGGACAGAUAGUUAAUUAGACAGAUAGAAAGACUUCGACAUUGUGAUAUCUCUGUUUCUAGAAAUUAAACUUAGGAGAGAUAACAUUUCUAGAUGCUGGGACUCAAGACUAUCUAAAAAGAAACACCAUGUUACUGUAUAUGAAAAACCCAUGACAUGUGAGGAUUCGUGAUGAAAGAAAUGCUCACUGUGCCUCCUCAGGGGAAACUUUAACCAUUUCUUACUUCAAAUGUUCUGGAGCUCAGUCCUGUCACUGAAAACCAAUGCAGCUCAAGUGAAUAGCACAUUUAUAUUUCUGUCUGCUCUGUUUUUAUUUUUCUGAUUUUUUUUCUAAUAACAUUGUAAUGAUUUUUAAGCCAACUGUUUUCUUUCCAUUAACCCUUUCUUUGUUUCUGUUUGUAUAUUUAUGGGUACUUCCAAAUGGGUGUUUGCUGUGGGAUCAGUGCUCCUCUUAAAUGUAUUUUUAUUUUUUAUUUUUGCAGAACCAUGUCAUGUGCACCAAAAUGCCAGCCUAUAUUCCCCACCCCACCAAACUUCAAUUUAAUCUGGAUCCUCCCUUUAUGGGGAAAACCUGAUAAAUUAAAAAACAAAACACAAAAAACCCCACUGGUUACCAACUACCUCAGCAACCUGCUUUACAACCCACCUGGAAGCACCCUAUGCUAUUAACCUAUUGCAAGGAACCUGGUCAUUGUUUGGGAGGAAGUUGUGACCCCAAGAUUAAAUUUAUAUAGGAAUUGAUGGAUAUCUCAAUUUCAGUUUAGUUAGCUCCAUUUCCACAUCAGGUUUUUUUUUAAGUCUGCAUGGAAAUUUGUGCACAGUAUCAUGUAUCUUUAUCAUGCUAGCAUUCUUGUAUGUAUUUUGCCUAAUAUACACAUUUUAAAGAAACCUUUCCUAAUAUAAUUAUUUUUUGUGUACACUUUCCUUUACCCUUUUUUUUGCAUUUUGCAUUUUGCAAAUUUCAAAGGAUAGCUGUGUUUCGGUUUUCCUAUGAAUGCAGAAAGUGUGAAUUAGACAGAUUCAAAGGGAAAAUGUGAGCUAUUUGAAUUUCUCCACCAUCCCUAAACAUGAGUACUGCUUCCAGACUGAAUGAGUUAGCUACUGGCCUCCUCCUGUGACUUGACCCAGUUGCUUGAGUAAUCUAACACCAUUUGGUUUGCCAGCCUCUUUCUACAUCAGCUUUCUCUCUUUGGCACACUGGAAUCACCAGGGCUGCAUUGGUUAAUCUGUGGGGACCAGCAAGCAGGCAAUUCUUUGCUAUGGAACAGGGCAAUAAGGAUGAUUGUUGUUGGUGCCGUGACUUCGUCUUUCCUUCGAGCUGCAAGUUUCUUCAUGCGCGGCGUGAAAGCACGAAGGAAAAUGUGUGAGUGAUGUGUAUCCCCAGUGUCUCAUGCCACGAGGAGCUUGGACCAACUCCCCAUAGACAAGAUUCACAAGCUGUUCCUGUAGUACAGGGAUGGGUACAGCUGUUGCUGCACUACAACUCCCAUCAUCUCUGACCAGUGGCUAUGCUGGCCGGGGCUGAUGGGAGGGGGUCCAACACCAUCUGGAGGACCACAGGUUCCUAUAGCCCAAGAAUAUGCUUCUCAGCAUAGGGAAUGUAUGAACAUCCUCCCAUAUAAACCAGUAAUGCUGCUAGAUUAACCAGUGUUCCAUCUAACUGAGCAGCAGCACUAGGAUCUAGUUUGACUGGCAGUAGCUCUCUAGGGUCUGAAGCAAGAGAUUUUUCCUCAUCCCAGUAUCCUUUCUCACCCAGCACUGCCAGGGAUAAAACGUGGGAUGCUCUGUCACUGAUCUAUAGUCACUUCUCAUAUGAGACACCAGAAGCAUGUUAGGAAGCACACAUCUCAUACUCUGCUUUCAUGUUAUGUAUUUUCUUAUCCUAAGAUGUAAUGCCAGCAGCAGAAUACAAAAUGAGCUAAAGAACCCGCUCCUUUCCCCAUUGUGUAGGUUCUAAUGAAGACCAUAGUUAUGGCCUACAGCAGCCAUUGAAAACAGAGCUUGCUGAAGAUGAAGGGUGAGGUGGUAGAGUUGAAAGGAUAUAGGAAGAGGAGAAACUCUACAAGAUUUGAAAUGUUUUUUUGAAGUCUGGAGAAAGUUCAGAUAGGAAACCUGUAAGAAAGCAUAUUGUCGAAGCAGAGAGACAGAGCAGAAGAGGCAGAGAGCUAUUAUUUCCAAAGAGAAGACUUUAUUGCAGAAUCACUGGGGCUCCUUGUCAUUGAUAGAAGUUUCUGAGAGAUGAUUUAAACAAAGGUGAUAUGGCCUAGGUUCUGUCACUCCAUAAAUGAAAUUCACAUUUGGUGUCUGGUGAACUCCAGUCCUAGAGCUGCAACGCUUUACUGGAUUUCUGAAGAAUUAGAUUUGUCUGAUAUCCAGCUAUAUGAAUGACCUUUGACAGCCAUGACCCUCCCAUUCUCUUUUUCAAGUUGAGCAAUAUCUGAAGAAGAAUGAGGGUUAGAAUAACAAAAACCUCUCAAAAGUCUGAGGAUUUUUAAAGCAUGCUUCAGCAUUAAUUAUCUAACAAGUACUUAUUUGGGAAGCAGCUGGUGGCAAAGCUAAUCAACAUAAGGUGAGUAAAUUAGCGGCAAGGGCCAAAAACGGAUAUAUAAUAAACAUAGCAGCAGCAGGGCACCAAUUAAAAGCAGCAAUACAAACAUAAAAGGUUAUUUUAAAAACUCAGGGAAAUAGAACUUCAUUUAUUUAUUAUUUUUAUAUUCUGCCUUCCUCCAAUAAGCUCAAGGCAGCAUACACAGUUGUCUUUCACAUAUAAAUUUUAUCACCACAACAUAGGUAGGUAGGUUAGGCUAAGACAACUACUGGCCCAAGGUCACUAGUGAGGUUAUGGCGGGUGAGGUGGGGGGUGAACCUCAGUUUCCCCCAUUCUAGUCUGACACUCUUAACUGCAACAUCACGAAUCUUUGUUUCGUUUUUUGUUUUGUUUUUAAUUGGGCUAACAGCAGCAGCAAAAAUACACAUCAGGCUGGCACAAUAAAAAUAAAGGGCUGAGCACACGUAGAAUAAAAUAAAACCCAUUACUCUCAUAGGCAGGAUCAUAGCUGUCAACUUUUCCCUUUUCUUGCGAGCAAUCCUAUUCGGAAUAAGGGAAUUCCCUUUAAAAAAGGGAAAAGUUGACAGCUACGGGCAGAAUUAAUCUUAAAGACAGAAUAUCACAUAUUUUGGAAUCAACUCUAAUCUACUGACAAGCAGAGAGAGGCGACACCAGCUCUUAUUUUUACUGCUGCCUAUUCAAAACUGCAUUCCAGGACCAAUUCACACAUACAUAGCUAUCACUUGUUUGCUGCACUGUUAAUGUGUAAAAGUCUUUCCAGAAUUGUAUGGUCUGGAGGCACAUGAUGCCGUCACCUUGCUGAAGCUAAGCAGGUCUGGGUCUAGUCUGUGCUUGGAUGACAGACUGCCUGGGAACCACAUGUAUGCUGUACUGUGUUGUGUUCGGUGAAUGUGGAAUAGAAAUGUAACAAAAAACAUUGAUCAUAAAAUAACUGAGAGCUGAGAAAUUCAGCAACAUCUAUUUAUAUGUGACCCAACAAAGUCCCCAUAAGAAUAGGCAAUGCAACCCCAAACCUGAGUAUUGUACUCAAAGUAGGGUCAUUAAACACACAUUUACUAUGCUAUUAAAGAUCCAUAAGAAAACAUGCACUUGAAGCAAAAUUAAACUUACCAAGUGAGUGGAAAAACUGAAGUAUAAACGGGCUUCAAAGCAGUAAUAUCCAAGCGAAGCAGGUUCAAAUUCCAGUUAGAAGUCAAAUCUCUCCAGUAAAAACUGCUCCACAUUAUUUUGACUCUGGCCUUCACCAUCACCUGUACGAGAUUUCACUUCAUUGUGUUUGAGAUGUAAUCAUGAAGGAUCAUUCAUAUCUUCUUCAGCUGCAGACAAAAAGGUACUGUUCACAUGUUUUGAAUACUGGAACUUAGCAUCUAAAGCACAUGAACAAAUAAUACGGGGCACAAACAAAAACCUCCAAAGUCCUAAGGGAAGGCUGUCAAUAAGACUUCCAAAUAAAGAGAGUUGUUCAUUUGCAUAGAAUAAAUACCCAUGGAGGAGUGGCAGGCUCUUAUGCUGACCAAAACACAAUCAUUAAAAUAUCCUUACAUUCUUACAAAUAUGCAUAGGUUGGGAGCCUGUGGCCACGUGCCUGCUAUCCAUGGGCAUUUAUGCUACACAAAUGAAUGCCUGAAAAGGGCUGAAUAAGAGGAGUGUGGUGCAGUGUGAGGAGACUCCCAAGGGCCAGACAGAGAAGCUGGGGGGGGGGCUGCAUUUGCCCCCUCCCCAGACUCCAGGUUCCUGAAGCAGCAGGAGGUGACAGGCAGCAACAGGUUUGCAGCUGCCAUUUUAAUUCCUCACAAUCCCACCACCACCACCAAGCACCACUCUGGGGCAUUGUGGGAAAUUUAAAUGGUGGGUACCCAGACCUAACCACCUUCCAAGCCUGCUUUACUCCACAGUCCCCCUUAGACCAUGAAUAGGCACAGGAAGCUGCCUUAGGUUGUAUUGACUGGGCAAGGUGGUGCGCGACCUGCCUCAGGUGGAAGAAUCUGGGGCAUGAUUAAAGAUAUAUUUUUUCUGUUCAGUAGUAUAUGCAUGCUAUUAAUAAAACUAAAGUCCAACAUAUUUUAACGAGAGUGUUUGUUAUUAAUUAUAAUUAUUACCAUAAUGGGGAUGGGUGCCUGGAGCAUGUCUGACUGAGGGUAAGAAAUCAGCAUGAGGCUUCUGUGGCAACUCCAGACGAUCGAUUCUGACCUCAGAAAAAUGCCUGCACUAAGGCUGCUUUCUUGUUUCCUUUUUAAUUUUCAAAAUUGGUAGAACUCCUCUAUCCUCAUAAAGCAAACAGGAGGAGUCACAAGGUUAAAAAAGGAUUAUAAGGAGUAUAUGAACAAGGAGUCAGCUAGUAAGAAGGCACCAUUGUGUGUCGCAACUGCUACACCUGUGAGGUGUAAUGAUUUUGAGUGUUAGAUUUACAUUCAAAGCAGUGGUUCCCAAACUGUAGUCAUGAACCACCAGUGGUCCACAAGACUCAUUCAGGUGGUCUGUGGUGUGUCUGUGGGUUUGUGGAUGGAUAUGGGAGACGGCACAUCCAUCACAUUAAAUAUUCAUAUUGAUUUUCAGUUGUAUAUUUAUUGUUUCUUUCAUUUCUUAUAUUGUGUUACAAUUUGAAUUAUAUGGAACUGCAAUUGCUGCAACGGGCAGAAAAAAAAUAAUUAAGUGGUUCUCCCCCUCCCCCCCCCCCGCCCUGGGCCCUCAGCAAUUUUCAAGUGGCUCAUGGGAGGAGGUUAAAUUUGGCAACCACGGAUCUAGAGAGACCUGGGUUCAAGCCCAGUCCUUAGCCACAAAGCUUAUUCAGUGACGCUGAAAACAGUCUCUUUAAAGCAAAUUUGCGUUUUCUGCGGAUUGCCAUUUUUCAGUAAAUAGGAAGUUUUCGCAGGGAAAACUCUGGAGCGAAACAAAGCGUGGUUGCUCACGGAGCUUUAAAGUGUGGGCCAUGGUGUAAAAAAACGUGGAGGAAAUUUAAGUGCGGAUGGACCCUGAGCCCCAACCUGCUUCCCGGGUUUGUUGUGAGGAUGAAAGGGACACACAGACACAUUUGCACACCUGGCUCUUGGCCCUGAGUUCAUUCAAGGAAGGAUGGGAUUAAAAAUACAUCAAGCAAAUCAAUCAUGGAUUAGCAAAAUGGACAACCAGGCCUCACUGGAAUAGGGUGUAGCUUGAUGGCUUACAUCUGGCUGAAAGCCAGGACUCCCGGAUUGUCCAGGAGAAGAAAGUGAAAUCAAGGGAGUUGCAGCAACCUUUUUUGGUUGCUGUGGGAAGGAACUGGGGAUUGGUGUGACAUAAUGGGAAGGCCGAGAGCCAGGGCCCCUAUAUUCAGCUGUCUCCCACGGUUGGGUCCAGGAGCGAUUGGUUUCUUUCUUAGCUUGACAGGGUUGAGUGACUGUGCUGUAACUCAAUCAUCGGCUUGGGCUGGUGGGCCACAGCUUGGAGCGCAGCCCGGAAAACAGGGAUUGGAGCCAAUUACUUGGCUAAUACUCCUGGCUUAUCUCCCUGUAACCAGAGCCAUCCCUGUGUUUUGCUGAGCUAGGCCCGACUCUGAGUAACUAACCACUGGAAGACAUGUCUGGAAAGUGUACACAUGGCAAUCAUAUGCAAGUUUGCUGGCAUGUAAUAGGUUUUUUUUUAAAAAAAAGUCAUUGAUGGAGUUGUCUUGGGCAAAGCAUUAUAUUUCAGCAGACUACCUCAGCAUUGCUCUUGGCUCAAUGACAAAGGUUUACACACAAAAUUGGUGUCUGAGGAAAGGAAGUGGGGCUAAUAUCCCCCCCCCGCACCGCCAUCCAUAUGCUCAAACUGUGUGAGCCAGUUUAUAUAAUCUGUUAUGUACUGAAGUUCUCACCCUGGGCCAGCAGGGGGAUACUGUGGAUAGUUUUCACUCAGGUCCGCAUAUGCAAAUAAGGGAUUGAAAGUGACGUUCAGUGAUUGAAUAGUUACAGAAAGUGGUUAUUGUUGCGUUGUAGUGGAGCUCUAUAUAAGCAGGCUGGCUGAACCCUUCAGUUCAGUUCAGUUCUGUCCUGGCCUGUGAAUAAACAAGAGCUGUUUGAAGAAUCGCUGUGUCGUCUGAUAUGUCCACCCACAACUUAACAUAAUCAACAAAUCAAAUUGUAAAGUCUUUCCAUGGCUGUUCAAUGUCGGGGUGCAAAUUUCUAUUGGGAGAGAGACAGGGAAAUGCGUCCCUGUUAAUUCUCCUCUGCCUCUCAGCAGCUUUUCUCAACCAUGGUAUCCUUCUGGAGCAGCUGUCUGAGUUAUGACUGUGUGGCACUGCUUUGCAGUGGGUCCGAUCCUACUUUGAUGGUCAUUUCCAGAGGGUGGUAUACAAACGUACCCUUUUCUCCAAUCUAUUUAUUUGGUGGUAAUGGUGGCUCCAGCGAAGGCAGCAAGCGAAGGAGGAUGGGUUUCCCCUUUUUCCUCUGCUGCCUGGUGUUCUGCUAUGCAAAUAGCUGCUGGGAAAUUUAUUUUCCCAAGGACAACUGUAGUGCUUGAAACUCAGCGACCAAUUCAGAUUGUUUGCCAUCACUAAUCUCCAUUCUUCCUUUCCCCUUAUAUAAUUUUAAUAUAAUACGGUGUGUGCCUUGAACUAUCCCCAGUUCUAGAGGACAGUUAGAUAAGACAUCACUGCUUUUCGGGGUGAGAUAACUCACCAUUUAAUAAUUAGAAGUGACAUCGGAAAAUGAAUUUUGGGCCUGAGUGCAAUUCUGAACCAAAUUCAAUUUAGUCUAGUUAGCCCGGGGGCGGAGUUGAGGAGAGAUCUGAAAGUAUACUGUAUUCUCUAAUUCAGUGUUGUUUUUGUACAUUCCAAAUAAAUUUUCCUGGACCAAGCAUUUGCUCAGAGAUGCCGUUCUUUCAUUUUGUCAUAGUCUAUGUUGUCCAGGACCAGCACCACAUUUGAGGGAGCCCUUGGCAAAUUGCCCUCUUUUGGGGCUCCUUCUACAUUGAUAGAACCCCAGUGGUGUGCUUAGCUGGUGGUGACUGUGGCAGGCAGUCAUUUUAAUUUCUCAGAGUGCCCCAAAGCGACACUGCAUUGAGAUUGCUCUGAGAAUAUAAAAUGGCCGCCUGCCACUGGCAGGUGCAAGGCAACUAGGGGAGGCACUUGUACCAAUAGUGGGCCUUGUCAGAACACUAUGGGCCACAUCCUCCUCUACACACUUGUUAAACAUAUCAGGGCCCUGCCACACUAAUAAUAUAUUGUGUAUACAUCUCGCAACUACAUGUGAUGUUGUGCCAGACCAUAACCUUCCUCUCUUUCGCUGCCUUCCUUUGAAUAUAACCCUACUGGUCAAAAACCUAGAGGCAGCUGUUGCUGGGGAGAACCAGGGAGCCAGUAGACUUAACAAUGAGCAUUUUUGUGAGCACAAUUAUAAUUCCUGUAAAUGUCUCACACAUGCAUGCAUGCACAUUCUCUCUCACUCAACCACAUGGUGCACUUGCUCCCCAUACCCUGGGGCUACCUGGAAUUUGUCCAGCUGCAAAGGCUGUAGUAAUUGCUAGCUCUUCUCUCUCUGGGGACACAAUUAAAUCCACUCCACCAGGCAAUGUAAAAUCUCGGAAAGGACAAUCCCUGAGGCCUGAGAGGCAAGGAAUCUUUCUUUGCCCCCAAAACCUCUGCUUCGGUUGCCAUGUUCUAGAAAUUGUCUCCUUCCUGAGCAAAGUGUGUGUACGUAAGACUGGCUAAUUGCAAAGUCAUUACCUUAACUCCCGAGUUUCUCAACAAUAUCCCUAUAUGAUGCUUAAAAUCUAUAUCCACCAGCAAAUAUGGUGGGAAUUUGGAAAAUCUAGGCAUCUAUCCGUUUCUAAGUUACCACAGAACUGUGUAGCAUUUUAAGAAAUCAUGAUGUGCUCUCUGCUUUUUGCUUUUAAAGGCUUCUCCAGAUGACCUGCUCAUCCUGUUUUGCUUGCACAAAUCUUAUUAUGCCUGUUCUUUCUUGAGCAUUCAUUCUGACUUGUUUGCAGCAAGGUUAUAGAAUCAUAGAACUGUAGAGUUGGAAGGGACCAUGAGGGACAUCUAGUCCAACCCCCUGCAAUGCAGGAAUUUUCUGCCUAACAAGGGGCUCAAACUCACGAGCCUGAGAUCAAGAUGCACAUCAUGCUCUACCAACUGAGCUAUCCCAGAGCCAAUGUUGUAUGUUGCAAAAUUAGCAGAUGCACUGCAUAUAUUAGCAUGUGUAGUCUAUAAUAACCUCCCAACAGUUCGACUCCACCCCCAAAGGCACACUCUUCCAUUGUCUCCUGAGACAGGCAGAUGCCAACUAGUCUAUAAUGUGUACAACUGUAGGAAAAAGGGACUGUCACAACAUUUGUGGUUAAACAAACUGAGCUAUUUUCCGCUCACAUAUUAUAUUUUAGUGAUGAGCUCCACAUGUAUAUAAUAAUAAUAAUUUACAUGGUAUGCUGGCCUAUCAAUUUAUUGUCACAUGGAUUUUACUCCUUAUGUCUUCAGCAGCCACUGGUUUCGAGCAAGUUUCACUGCAAGUUUGCCUAUUUUAUAACAAUUCCUUGAGGCAUCCAAGCAAAAAAUUUAUGUAACUCCCCUGUCAAUGCAGAAUUUGUUGACAGGGGCCGAAGAGCCUGCGCAGCCGAGGUGAGCUGUAAUAGUCACUCAAAACAACUCCCUCUACGAGCAUCUUAUGGUGAACUGUCACCGGAUCUGCCACCAGCCGGCAGAGAGCAGCUCCCAGGUGUCAAGAUAUAAGACUCGAGCCUUUCUGAUGCUCGGUUACAAGUGUCAACACAGUGUUAUAAUAUGCCAACGAAACAAAAAGUUGAAAGAGGUACUCAUCGUAUUAGAAGCAGUAAUUAUUUGGGGUUUACUUAUAAAGCCUGUGACCCACUUGCAAAGGCUUUGCAACAACCCACAGGUUGGGGAACUCUGCUCUAGGAGACCGGACCCACAGCGCAUUUAGGUCUUGUGUUAAGCAGGAUAGAGAGAAAGCAGGCAUAUAUAUUUGCAUUUUACUUAAGCAUCCUAGCUAGCGGCAUCUUAGAGCAGUGAAUUUGCAUUCUUGUGUUCUCCACUACCUAUGUCGCUCCAGACCGGACCACACCAGAUUUUACUAUGUGCUUGCAGCUUUUUGCAAUUCCAUUUAAUUUAUGUAACACCAGUUUUUAUGCUUCCCCCUUGUAAAUUAGGGUGUAUCUGAUACAGGGAUAAUCUGACAAAUUGGGUAAAACUGGGCUCCAAAGUGCUCCACUCAGGGUCACAUACUAUUUGUUUCUGUGUUUUGGGGUGGGUGAAUCAAUUGACACUUUCUGCUACUCCCCUUCCCAUAACCACUACUUUCUUGGUGCAUUCACUUCUUUUCUAUUUCUUUCGAUCCAUCAGAUUUGCACAAAACCAGAAAACUAUACCACCAACAAAGCAUAUUUUUAAAAAAUUCUACACCGUAUAUAUUUGGCACAAAGUGUGUGAUGAGAAUUUACAAUAGCUUCCAUUUAUUUUCCCUCCUUCGCCUUCUGCUCUUAUUUUUUCAAUGCCCUUUUCCUGCCUUCCUUUCAGAAGCCAACUGUUCUUAUUUCAAAUUCUUCACUACUGGGGAGAAUGCUCACAUCUUCCAGAGGACUACUAAAAAAGGUGAGUCCAUCAACCCAUCGAAAGCAGGGAGCCUUGUUGGCCCGUUGUGCAAAAUCCCAGCAGGAACAAAUUAAAAACGCCCGUGUUUAUUACGUUAUUAUCCCACCAUUCUGCCCAAGAGCUCAGAGUGGUUUACAAACUUAAAUAAACUAUCAAUAAAACACAAUUAAAACGAUAUAUGACAUGGCCCUUUAUGUUGCUUCUAAACAGAAUUCUUCAAUGCUGGGGCAGCCAAUACUCUUAAAGGAAUCCUAGAUGAGAAUAACAACAACAACAACAACAACAGCUUUAUCUGAGCAGUUAACAAACAAUAUUUAAAGAGACAAAGGGUUGGGGGGAGGCCUCUGCUACACAUAGGCAUUUGUAUCUCCUCACCAUCCAAGGUACUUUCCUCCAAGCAGGUGCCACCUGGCUGGGGGAAAAGCAACAGGAGAGACGGAUUUGGAAUUACCGUAUUUUUCCGUGUAUAAGACUAGGUUUCCCCCCUAAAAAAUAAUGUCAAAAAUUAGUGGGCGUCUUAUACUCUGGGCCAUCUCCCCCCAUUUUCUUAAAUCUGAGUCCCCCAAAAUAGGGGCCGUCUUAUACAUGGGGGCGUCUUAUAGACGGAAAGAUACGGUAACUGAAUUGCCCGCCAUUUUAUGCUCAUCUGUUUUACAGACUUUGGGCAUGAGGGGUAGGAUAAGUAAAUAAUAAAAGUGACAGGGCAAAGGAACGCUUCAGUUCACACAGAGAUAUGACCCUCUGCACCUCUUUAGUCUUUUCCACCACACACACCCUACGCAAUACAUGUACAGGGAAGGCCCACUCAUUAAGAGCAAGAGUCUCUGCCAUCACACACAGUGCAUUGUGCAGGCUUUUGAGUUUCACAGAGCUCCUCCCUCAGGCAGGCUGUUCUACAAACUGAAACUCGAGGAGAAAACGGGGGUUAGUGCUCGGACUGCCACCCGAUUAAGGAAAUCGCAGUCAGUGUCCCACGCGUUUUCGUGAUUGAAUCCACUGAGCAAUCAUUUGGAAACGCAUACAUUUUUGUUUUUAUUAAAAGCAAGAGCUCUGAAGCAACAGGCGCCCUUCCUUUUGUUUUUGGAGCAUGUGUCAUAUAGCAAACAUCACCACAGUUAGAAGAGUGGGAGGGAACCAGGAGGGAUUUUGCCCAGCACCUGCAGGCAAAAUAACUUUUAGAAAAUUAAAAAGAUCUGCUCAUGUUUUUGGUUUAGUCAAUCCAUCACUCCUGCCCUAGUUUAACAGGAGUGGGGUGGCGUGCUGCUGUCUAAAGCUUUUAAAAACUGUUAAGAAUCUUAACCUUAAGCAGGCUAUUUAGGUUAAGGCCCGUGCCUUGUUCAGAGGAUCUCAGAUUACACAGAGGCAUGCUGGGACAGACAAGCAGUGGCGGGCGGCUCUCCCUUCGAAAACAUAAAAUAACCUGCAGUUAGCUGAAUCUCUCUCUGGCAUUCCUCCCCGUCUGCAGCCCAAGGUCCCUUCAGGCUGGUUUACCAAGCCGCUCUCCAGCUGCCCUGUCCCAUCUCCUACACUUCCAUUCUUAUCGGGCCUCACUCAACACCACACCUCAGCCGUGGCCGUUUAUCACAUAGCACAUGAUUGUGUCACUGUGUGUCCCUGUAAUGCCACAGAGGCUGAGCAUUCCCUUCUGUGCCACACACACAGAGGAAGCAGGUCAAGUGGGUAAUUGUGAAUCCGUCACUCUUUGCGUCUACAAAUGUCUGCUUUAUCUCCCUCCACCGCCCUGCUUGCUUGGUUGGCACCGCUGUGUAGAACUGAACAUCACGGCGGCCAUUGUGUCCCUCGUCAGCAUCACCCUAAUGGCCAUGGGGUCCCUCUGCAUCACGGUGGCUCUGAGCAAAGGGGUUGAAUUUCUCCUGAAGCCAGCAUCUUGCUUCUUUAUCAUAUCAGGUAAGGCAGCCCACCCUGCAAACCCUCCUUCCCUUGUUCAGGCCUGCUGCCCCAGCCACUGCGUUCCUGAAAAACAAAUGUCAUUUCCAGGCAACCUCUUUAUUGGGCAUCUGUCCUAGUUUGCUUAGGGGAUGCGGGUGGCGCUGUGGGUUAAACCACAGAGCCUAGGACUUGCUGAUCAGAAGGUCGGUGGUUCGAAUCCCCACGACGGGGUGAGAUCCCGUUGCUCGGUCCCUGCUCCUGCCAACCUAGCAGUUCGAAAGCACGUCAAAGUGCAAGUAGAUAAAUAGGUACCGUUCCGGCGGGAAGGUAAACGGCGUUUCCGUGCGCUGCUCUGGUUCGCCAGAAGCAGCUUAGUCAUGCUGGCCGCAGGACCCGGAAGCUGUCUGGGGACAAACGCCGGCUCCCUCAGCCUAUAGAGUGAGAUGAGCGCGCAACCCCAGAGUCGGUCACGACUAGACCUAAUGGUCAGGGGUCCCUUUACCCUUUACCUAGUUUGCUUGCACAAAAUUAGCAGAGAGGUUACACAACCUUUUUUAAGUCGUUGAUGCCCAUCUCAUUUUACUCUGUGACAUUUUUUAAUCUAUUUUAUUCUCUUUCACUCUGUUGCAUUUUUUAUCUGCUUCCUAUUUUGUUUGCUGGGCACUGGGCAUCGGAUGCAACAAUAAAGAUAGGGUAUUUUUUCAGCAGGGAGGUUACACAAUGCUGUCUGGUUUGGAUCGUUCUUUUUUGUUCGUGCAGAGGUCUGCAUUGAGCAAUGGUUACCCCACACUUUACUUUCCCGUCGCUUUCCUUACCACCAAAAGUAAAGGGGGAGAAGACAGAAGCGGGUUUGUUGCAAAAGAACUUCAAGACUACUUUAAUUGUGAAAACCUAAGCUUACUAAGCAGGAUGGCUAUGCUCUGCCACAAUGGUUGAAGGCAGUGAGGCAUCGGAAUACUAGUUGCUAGAAGCCAUGGCAGGUUGCAAGGAAAAUGCUCCUGUACUCAGGCCUGCUUGCGGGUUUCCUCCAGGCACUUGCUUGGCCACUGUGAAAACAGGAUGCUGGAUUAGAUGGGCCAAGCACCCAGAGCAUAGCUGUCAACUUUUCCCUUUUCUUGCAAGGAAUCCUAUUCGGAGUAAGGGAAUUUCCCUUUAAAAAAGGGAAACAUUGACAGCUAUGACCCAGAGUUAAGUGAGCCACUGGUGACAGUUAAAAGAAAACACAACACAAUGUACCUUCAUGUGGUCCAGUUAACUCUAAGCCAAAUGUCUAUCCAGGAAGCUUCCCAUAGUCCUUUGUUUGCGGUCUUCGUUCACAACUAGAAUUUGGGGAGGACGCCAGGGAUGGGGCAGGGAGGUCAUCGAAACUCCCAGGACUGCCUUCUCACUUAUUCUCUCUCCCUCUCUAGGCAUUAUGGUGCUCGUAUGUCUGGAGGUUUUCCGGCACUCGGUUCGGUGGCUUAUCACCUCUGAUGAGACCAUCCCACUGGAGUACGAGUAUUCCUGGUCCGUGGCUUGUGCAGUGGCAGCUGGGGCUAUCCUGAUCUUUGGCGGAGGCUGUUUUAUCCUUUUGUCCAUCCCUGGCUUGCCCAAAAAGCCCUGGGAAUACUGCAUGAAAAGCCGCAGCAGCAGCAGCAACGCUUCCUAAAAACCGUACGGGAGAGAAUCCCAAAGUCUCUCUUUCUCUCAUUCUGCCAACAAACACAAUCACACACACACACACACACACACACACACACACACACACACUCUAUCUCUCACACAAACAAACAAACAUACAUAUACCUCCACCCACCCCUAGGGGGCAGAAAGAACCGACCUUCUCCCUCCUACAUGCCUGCCCUCUUUCUCCAUCCUCUGGACUCUGUUUUCUCCCUUCCCUGUUUUGUGACUUGUAAAUAGAACCUCUAGUGCUUGUUUUGUUUUAGAUUGGCGGGGGGGGGGGGCUAUGAGGAAAGGGCUCUGCUUGUGAAUGAGGGGACAGCUGUGCUAAUGAACUGAGAAAUUACGAGGGGAGGGAGGAUAAAGGGCUGUAUUUUAAACCCGGUUUUUAUAAAUGGCUAUUUAUAGCUCAAUGGAGGGGCCGUGUCUUGGACUCCUUUAAAUCUACGCCAUGCGGUCAAGCGUUAGAUUCUCGUCUCAGUUCCCCCCUUGAGUGAUGUGCCACGCUGAGCAAAAAUCCCAAUCCUUCCCUUGUAAAACUGAGUUUCUUUCUUUUUCUUCUUCGUACAACCUCCAAGUACAAAAAUUAAAAGCACCCUGUCCCCAACUGGCCCUACGACUCUUACACGGUGGCAAAAAGCCACACACAGGAUCAGCCUAGAAAUCCCAAGGAAUUAUGGACAGGUACCCUGAAAUACAGGGCAAUUUUUAACCAGUCAUUCUGGGUUAAAAAUUCUGGGUCCAUAAUUAAUUUCUGUCAAGGGCCCUGCCAGCAGCCACAAAGCUCAGUGCUUUCAAAAGUGAGGGUACUUCCAGACAAACUGCUUAUUGGGCACCCAUCCCUAUUUAAUGAGUAUUAAUUCUGAUUUGUCUGUGGGAAGUUUAGGCAAAGUGGCAUCAAAGCAAGUGCCAUGCCACACUUUCCUGUGUGUUUCCCCGUCACUUUCCUUACUGCAAAAAAAGCAGAUCCUUUGGGAAAGCGGGAAUGUUGCACAGGCUCUCCCAAUCAACUAUAAUUGUGCACCCUGGAUUUGCCGGUACGCAAUUAAAUCCCACCAGAAUAUAGUGACAAUCUGGAAGCCCCCAAAAUGAAUUUAGAGGCAACCUUCUCAAAACAUGAUUUUUUCCUGCCAAAAAGGUAAAAUUAUCCUACUCUCACCUUUAAAAAAAUAGUUAACGUUUCCCAGUUCUUCCUGUUGUUAGAGGUGACGUAUUAAAGAAUGCAUGGAAAAUAUUAAAUGCCAAGGACUCAGUCCAGCUGGCAGCUCUUCCUCAGGUGCAGUUCUCUGCUUGUGGAGAAAAGGUGGGAGUAGAAAAUGCCCACCUUCAGAGCACUGUGUGGAGAAGAGGUACUAGGGGAACACAAAGAGCAACUGGAUCAUAUCCUGAACUCAGGGCAUUUGUGCUCAACAAGACUCCCUUAAAUCUUAGGUCGUUGAUAUAAAUGUUAUGGAGAAUUUGGCAAAACCUAUAAAUAAGGGGAGUGGCAUUAAUAUAGAAAGUAAUAAUAAUAAUUAGUAAUAAUAAUAAUACAUACUUCUUACAACUUGAAAUUCCAGAUUUGACUUUGUAAAUGCACCACUGUUUGAUUCUGGGCAAAGCUUUCUUUCAGCCCUGGCAAAGACCAUGCAGAGAGCUGUUGAGCUGUUGGCAGUCUCCCUUGAAGCUGAGAGUUCAAGAAGUUCUGUACCACAAUCUUAUUAUGGCAAUACACCAGAAGCAAGUGCCUUAAACAACAACAGCUGUGCAACGGAGGCUGGCCCAUCAGGGAGGGUGGGGCACUGCCUCACCUGCCUCAGUAUACCCUCCGCAAACACCUGCCUGCCUUCUGCCUUACAACCGGGGGGGGGGGGGGCUCUGCCUGGCUUGGCUCUGGCUCCACCUGCUGUUGGUCUCCCUGCCUUCUACCCAAGCACUCCCAGUGAACACCAGUCACCAUUACAACUGUGCAAUUCCAACUCUCAGGCACAGCUGUUAAAAACCGUCCUGCCUGGUUAAAACUGGCUGUUAGAAGUUUCAGCCGAUUGACCUGUUGAUUAAAGUUUGCAGACCUUCUUGUCUUGGGAGGCUCAGCUUCCCAUACAGCUGGGGGUACACUCAUGACCUCAUUUUUUAAAAAAUAAAAGGAGGAAGGGUACACCUAUCAAAAUAUUCUUACCAAAGCAACUGCCUUUUACAAAUUCUUUUAAAAGUUUAGCUCUAGGCUAGGGAUGCGACCUUCCAGAAGUUGAUGGACUCCCAUCGGAGAUAGUGGGACUUCAGCAGAAUCUGAAGCGCCACAGGUUCUCUAGAUAGGAUGGAUAUUACAUAUUGGUGCGAGAUGCUCUCAGUUGGACUCCUUCCACCUUGCUGACAUCACUCAUUUAGUCUCCCUUUACCUCUGGCCCCAAUCCCCACCACCGCCCAGAAGGAAAGGGCGGAUGAGUGAACAGGCAAUGGCAGGGACUGCCCCUUCUCAUAUUUAUUGCUCGGUUGCAUGAUCCCACUAGGCCACAGGGAUAGUGUGAGUAAACGGGUGGCCAUGGAAAGGGGGAACAGCAGCACUGCAGGGCCCUCUGUGGAGGCAUGGGCCUUGGCAGCUGCCAGACGAUGCCAACCCUUGAUGGCAGCCCUGGCUCUAGGCUGCAUGCUUCCAUUCUCCAGCAUAAGUGUUUACUUCCUGUGUUUAAAAUCAACACUGACCAAUGAACAGAUUGCAGUUACCUUGAAGCAUAACCAACCCACUCUGAGCAAGGCUAUCGAUUCCCCACACACGCACACUGUUUGCGAACUGGAUAUUGUGCUAAUGCUGCUCAGCUGGGGCAAAUGUGCUUUAAAAAGAAAGAAAAAGAACUUUCCCUCUCCUGUGAUCUGAAAAGGCUCUCCAUGUUCUUAUAAUUUCAGGAUACACUGUCCAAGCCUUACCACGAACGAGCCACUGAGGCAUCGUUGCCAGGCUGUCCGUUCGGCUUUGCAUCUAAGUGAAUUUCUCCAGGAAAGAUUGGGGUGGGAGUUGGAGAGAGAACUCGUUUUCCUUGGUGUACUCUGUGUGCUGAAAAUUCAUGUGUUGGCUUGGGUUGAUGGGAAGAGACGACUGUCAAGUUGUAGCAUCAGCGAACCAGGUGACAAGCGGAACGCAGAUCUAAGGGCAAAAAAGCAAGCUUUGAGAGAAGAUGGGAGUGUUACACUCUCUAAAGUGGAAAGAGGUUAAGGAAUAAAGGAGAGAGGGAGCGACAGGGACUGGGUUCCAUGGCAGAUGGUAAAAAUCCAGUAUCACCUGAAUCUACAUCGUGGAGAAUUUGUAGCUGUUAAGACUCUUGGGUUCCUUUUCAAACAAACAAACAAACAAACAUGGUUUCUAGCCCUCAAAUAUACCAUAUUUUAAAGGAUAGAUGGCAUGAAAGGAAACCAUCUUAUCCAUGGUGUUCAGGCAUCCACAAACUUGUGGAAGAUUACUGAGAUUAUGGUUGAGGUGCAAACACACAGACUGCUAGGGUGUAGUGGUUAGAGCGUUGGGCUGGGCUCGGGAAAACCUGGGUUCAAAGCCAUGAAACUCACUUAGUAAACUUGGGACCAGUCACUAUCUCUCAGUCUAACCUCCCUCAUGGGGUUGCUGUAAGGAUAAAAUGAGGGUGAACCAUGUACACUGCCUUGAACUUGGAGGAAAGGUAGAAUACAAAUAAAUGUAGUAGAUAAAAUAUAAAAGAAUCCUCACAACUCCAACUUCCCUGAGAUCUCUAAGUCUCCCCUCACUACUUAUCAGUUUCUCCCCCUUAUUUUUGCCUUCUGCCUGAGACUUUCUUCCAUCCUUAUUUUCUUAGCAGCCUAAAGAUACGAGACUGAGAUACAUCACUCGCCCAGUCAAUUUAUACCUAGGGCCCAUUAAUGGUAAUUGCUCUUUAAAGCUUUAACACAAAAAGGCAAACCAUAAUCAUGGUUGCCCUGCUGAUGAGAGACAUCGCUACGUUUGGCCUCAUCCAUACUUGCCCCAUGCCUAGAAAGCAUAGGUGUGAGCAGUUUCCUGCUUGUGCCGUGUUUUCUAGGCAUGGAUCCGAGCCACUUCCUCCCAGAAAACCCGCUCUUUAGUGCUAAAUUGGAACAAACAGCAAUCGACAGAAAACCCGAUUGCCGUUUGUUCCAAUUCAGCGCUAAAGGGUUCAAAGGGCACUUGGGUGCAAUGAUGAAGGUUUGGGUGCUAGGUAUGUGGAGAUCUUGAGGGUUUUGGUGUUCUGAAGAUGUCUGUGUCUCAGAUCCUCCCCCACCCUGAUUAAUUGCGAACAAGCAGUAAUGGGGAUUAUGCCAAUCUCACAACUGUAUUGAAUUUAGAAUGCUCUAGGCGCUAAUUCCUGAUCAGAAUUAACUGUACUUACGCAUGGGGGGGGGGGGCAAGAAGCACACACACACUCAGAUAUAUAUCCAACAUUAUUAUUUGCUGAUCUGUGCGCACAUGUGAACCAGCCCUGCUGGGUAGACCAGUUUGUAUUGCCCAGAACCACUUCAGGAGGGUGUAAAGAGUAACUUGUGGCAUCCACAGAGGAUCAUUUCCAGAUGGCUUUGAGGGGCUUGGCCUAUUUCCAGGCACACACCGUAUUAAAACAGGUGGCUCUAUUCAACCCGUAAUCCACUUCUAACACCACGUAGCAUCCUGUGGGUUUGGUAAGGGUACUCACUGGGGAACCAUGCCACAAGUCAGCCCUAAUACCAGGGAAGCAGCAGGAGAUCUCCAUUUCAUUACUUGCAUUUAUUCAUGAGCAGCAGAACAGCAACUCAACCGCUCCACAGACAAGGUUAAGGUUACACUGGGUUCCUAAUGAGCUAUGGAGGUAACCAAACCCAAAAAGGGUGAGAAGAGUUUCUCAUAGAGGCAAGGCCGGUCUCUUAAAGAGACAGGCUGCACUGACUACCCUGCACAAACUUUUUUUUUUAAAAAAAGCAGGCCCUUUUAAGAGUGUGCACCCUAUAAAAAGUUUCCCUAGAAUUAUUAUGCCACACACACAGGUUCCUUGAAGGGCCAACAUGACCCAGGGGCAAAUAAAUUAAUGUUAAAGUGUUCCCGUUGGGUAAAAUGAGUUUCCAAUGUGCUUUUGGACCUUUUGGUAAUGCCUUUUGAACAGCACAAAUGUGAAAGCAGAAGAAACAGCAGUUUAAAAAAAAUAUCAAAUUCUUAAGAAUCAGAGCAAACGUAUCUUCUGGUCACCACAGCAUGAUGUUUAGAUUACACAGAAUUAUUAUUAUUUCAGUUUAUUAUCCACCUUUCACAAUAAUCUUCCAGGGCAGGUUACAGCAAUUAAAAAAAAUACAAUAUUAAAAUCAGUUUGGAACAAGAGAAAUGCCGAAAAGCAAUUUAAGACAGAUCCUCCCCUGCCCUAGCUCCCCAAUACAAAGAGCCAUCUUUAUUUUUCGCCCAGGCCUGAGGCCUGGCAUCCGCUGUGGCAAGGCCAGGAGGGCUCUUUUGGGCAUUGUGAGGGAAGGUGAGGCGGCGGCGGGGGGGGGCAGCAAUUGCUUGAAGAUGUGCCUGGCUUCUUCUGCCCAGCCGUUUCUACGCAGGGAGCCAGCGGCCCAUCUUCCAUUCCUCCUUGUCAGCAUCUCAGCCUGGGGACAGGGCGUCCCCACUGGGGGUGGGGGCAGAGAGAGAGAGGGAGAAGGGGAUGCUCUCCAGCAAGGAACACGUCUCUCCCCUCGGUUAUUCUGGUCCUCCUGCCCUCAGGCUCUCCAGUUACACCCUGAGAUGUAAACAGGGCGAGGGAGCUUUUUUUGGUUCUCGGCAGUGUUUUGCACAGCAAGGGAGAGGCAGGUCAGGAAAAUACAACCCGGCAGCCCUGCUUCCUAGCAACCUCCAGGAGCACGCCCUUUUUGUUAACCUCCAGUCCCUCUUGAGGGAACUCUGGUGGGGCAUCCAUUCCGGAGGAGCAGCUUUCUCACAGCCCUGCCAAGGGCUGCACCUGUUGAAUUUCUUUAUCGAUCAACGUCUACGGAAGCCCCGCCAGGGUUUUGUUUGUUUUUAAGCUGCAGCUCUACCUUAUGUACGUUCCUCUCAUCAAACCCAGGAGUCCUGGCUCCAACCAUAAUCUGUUGUAUGUGCACUUAAGGAAUAAAAUUGCCAACUC